AGGGGCCGCCCUAUAGGCGUUGAAAGUGGUCCGCUAGUGAGAUUUUCGGUAGACUUUCUUUGAUGGAGCUGUUUCUUCAUAAAGCUGUGUCUUGAGUGCCAUGAGUGGGGCAACUCCACACUGCAGUACGCAGAGGCUCAGCCCGCGAGAAAUCUGGCAUUGGAGCGUUCUGAUUGGUCCCUUUUAAGAGGACCAAUCAGGACGCUCCUAUGCCAGACUUCCCGCGAGCUUGGCCACACUUCGCGGGAACUGGUAAGUACACCUGUCAAAGAGAAUUGUAGGCACAUCAUAGACCAUCGGCGCGGGUGUGUUAUGGUGACCAACCCUUUGAUUCAUCGUUUUCCUCGUUGCAAUGUACACAGCUUCCACUGCCCUCCUCCCCCUCCUGUUCAGCCCUGAGUGAAGUCUCCCUCAUCACACUGGAGAGAGUGACCUGUUGGUGAGGUGUGAGCGUGAUGGUGAGUCAGGGAAAGAAGAGCACACAGCCUGCAGACCCUGAGGUACUGCAGGCCACUCAGCACCACCUCAGACAGAACCUGCAGCUCUGGGGCACUGCUGGCAUCUCAGGUGAGGAGGUGCUGCGUGUGUACAGCAGUGAGGCGCAGCAUCUGGAGGAGCUGAUUGGCCGCACACUGUCCCUAGGGGAGAGCAACUCGGCACUCCUUCUGGCACCGCGAGGCACCGGCAAGUCUGCACUGGUGGAUGGUGUGUUGGGGCAGCUGAAGGACAGGGGUGUGCUGGGGCAGGGCCUGGUGGUGCGGCUGUCGGGGCUGCUGCACACAGAUGACCUGCAGGCAUUGAAGGAGAUCACCCGCCAGCUGAGGCUUGAGGAGGCCGCUGCCAAGAAGGUGUUCAGAUCCUUUGCCGAAAAUCUAUCCUUCCUGCUGGAAUCCCUGCGUGGCGGCAGCAAGGAAACCGCCAAGCCAGCAAUAUUCCUGCUGGACGAGUUUGAUUUGUUCUGUCACCACCGCAACCAGACGCUCCUGUAUAACCUGUUUGAUGCUGCCCAGUCGGCCCAGGCCCCGAUCUGUGUGCUGGGCCUGAGCUGCCGUCUGGACGUGCUGGAGCUGCUGGAGAAGAGGGUCAAGUCUCGCUUCUCUCACCGCCAGAUUCACCUGCAGGCAUCCGGGGACUUCACCACACACUACCUGCACACCUUCAAAACACUGCUGCACCUGCCUCACUCCUUCUCCUUCAAGGACUUUGCUCAUGUUUGGAAUGAGGAUGUGGAAAGUCUGGCUGGUGAUGAUGUGGUGUUGGACGUGCUGCGGAGGCAACACACCACCACCAGGGAUGUGCGGGUCCUCAAGUCACUGCUGGUGAUGUGUCUGGCUCAGCUGGAUGAAGGAAACACUCGCCUCACCCCACAAAUGUUCAGCCGUGCUGAGGCACUGGUCACCCAGGACGCCAGGACCAACACAGUGCGUGGCCUGUCUGCCCUUCAGCUGUGUCUGGUGAUAGCAAUGAAGCAUCUGGCAGAAGUGUAUGAUGGGGAGCCAUUCAACUUUGAGAUGGUGUAUCGCGAGUACUGCAAGUUCAGCCUCAAAUCGUCCAUGCAGAGCUUUGAGAAGCCUGUGGUGUUCAAGGCUUUCGACCAGCUCAUGGGACUGGAGCUGGUGCGGCCGGUGGACCAGACCUGUCGUGUGCAGCGCGAGUAUGAGCUGGUACAGAUGAUGAUGACGCCUGGCCAGGUGGGAGAGGUGCUGUCCCAGAUGCCCAGCCUGCCCACUGACCUACAACGGUGGGCCUCCAUGGGGCUGGUGGCCUGAGGAGUCACUGCCACUACCACAUACUGUAUUUUUAUAUGAUGCCUUUCUUUUAUUUUUUUACCUUGAUAUGAAUUUUGAAAAUAAAAAAUACAUCACAUAUCCUAGGUUAUUGGUGAUCCAUGUAUAUUUUGCUCUUACAUUUAAAACUUUACCUGUACGUGAGAGCAUUUCACGUGUGAGAGUGUGUUAUGAAGGCAUUUGUGGCAAGGAGGUAGGCAAUAGCGAUACUGCAUUAGUAGUGUGGUACAAAGACACUCCUCUAAGUAAACAAAUACAUCUUUGUAUUUUCAAUUUAU